UGCGCUUCCUAUAAUGGUCUCUGUAGUCGCAUUGGCUAUCCAUAAUGACGAGAAAUCAUGGCCGAUCGACAGUAUUAUGGUCUUUACAGCGCUGAGUGUCUCCAGUACUCUACGAUAUCCCUUUCUGAUGCCCCCUAUCGCUGUCAAGAGCACUUCUGGUGAUAGAGACUAGCUGCGAUCUGGGGUGUCGCCAUGACCGAAUAAACAUGCUUGACUUCUCACAGUG